AUGUCGUCCACACGCCCCCAGAACCAGACGUCGCUUGCCCGCGACGAUCACGUUACACCUGCGCGAUCUCCAGCCCAGCCACAGGAUGCACGUUCCACGAGCCGGCCAGAAGGCGAGGCGCGCCGGACCCCGAAACCCAGGCAGGGCAACAUACCCCUACACCCGAUCCCGACCAUGCAGGCCGCCUUUGCCGAGUCACUGCAGGAGGUCACAUCCGGCACCCUCGCUUCCAAGCCCAAGCUGCGCCCCGGCGACGCCAGCUUCCGCCGCGAGCAGCUGCUGGAUCAAGAUAAGUCCGAGGGCCCCCCGGCUCCUCUCUGGCGUAUGCGCCCUGGUCAGAAAUGCCACGAACUGCGAAAGCUCAUGGCCCAGAUCUCCUUUGGCGUCUAUCUCCUCCUGAACGGCUUGGCCAACAGCGAUGCUCAGGUCGUAGCCAUACUUCAGGAGCACAUUGACGAGGUUGACGAGUUCCUAGAGGUGACGCUCGAGGAUUUCCAGCUGGCCAUCAAGGAGCUGACCGAGCGGAUCGACUACCUCAAGCUGCCCAUGGAGAACAUGACUGUUUUUGAGCAGAUGCUCGAAGAUCGGAAUUUCCGCCUGCAGAUCGUCGAGGGCAAUGUCAAGAUUGAGCACAUCAUCUCCCGCACAACCACGGCCCUGGUGCAGUCCGUUCAGGACGUUUCUGAAGGCCUGAAGUGCACGCGUGAGUUCACUCUAUACUUGACAGAGCAAGAAAAUGGCCCUUGGCGGAGGAAGAAACCAGAUAUCGUCAGCAUCUACGACGCGAUGCGCGGCAACACUGGCGGCUGGUUCAACGCUUUCGUCGACCUCCAAGCAAAGAGCAAUACCAUGAACGCCUUGAUUGGCAAAUUGAACGGUAUGACUGCCGAGAUGGAUCGCAGAGCUGGCGAGGUCAGCCGGCGGACUAGGUUCAGCGUCCGUCCCUACACCAGCCCUGCGCACACUCCGAAAGAGAUCGGAGGGGCCAGUCCCCGAGAGACUCUACGGGAAAGUCCCGUGGAGAGUCCAGGAGCCAGCUUGGAGGGCAGUCGCCCAUCUUCUCAGGGUUCUGCCGAGGCUACACCCCCGGCGUCUCCAUCUCCCAAAGUCUCUGUCGCGCCCCCGAGGCUGUCUCUACGGUUUAGUCGGCUCCCGGAGGAGCGGCCGGAAGGACCUACAUACUUCGACCUACCCAUCAGGGAUUCUUUAUUUGUUAAAGACACCCUCCCGUCUUUCCAGUACACGCCAGCACAAACGCCCGAGAUUCGAAAGGACGACUCACCCAAGGUGAUUGUUGAAGAGCCGGAGACAAAGCCAGAAGAGCCGGAGACGAAGGCUGAAGAGCUGGAAACGAAGGCAGAUGAAGCCCAAGUUGAGCUACCCAAGCAAGAUCUAUCAGAUCCAGCAUCACCCGCCUCCGGGGCAUCGCCGCCUCCGCCGACGUCGCCAAAAUCGCCAAAAUCACCAGCCGAAGACGGACCGCUGUAUAUCCUUCAACCGCGGACAUACACACCGUUGCCGCCAGCCCCGCUACCUUCGCCCCGUAUCGUUGAAGAAGCCGCUAAAAAGCACAGCCCAGCUGGGAGCAGGACAGAGGUGGUUGAGGAAAAGAAGAAGCCUCGCAACGAUCCGAGCCCACCGCCACUUCAGGAGAAGUCAAGUCGGAGGCGGCUCUCCGCCUCGCGAAGGCGAGAAGCGCCAGAGGCGGUACGGAGCAUUUCCUCGCCGCUCCUCCGGGACAGCGCCGAGAAACAGAGCAUAGCCAUACAGAUCGAGGGAGAGGCUGCAACAGACGUCAGGACGGAGACCGGGCAGCCCACAAAGAGGACCUCACUGCGCCAGCGUGUAUCUCUGAAGACGACUCCUCCGCAAUCCAUCCAAGUGCCUCCCCGCCACGACCCUACUCUCCAGCGUCCGACGUUUGCUUCCCCGAGGACAUACCAGAACUACCGCACCUUCACGGGCCCCGACUCCGCUUACGGGUCCGACGUUGACCGGGCGGCUGUCCGCUCCAUGGCGGAUCCUUCCGGCGUUGACUUCUCGCCCCCUGUCAUGCCUGGCAUGGUCCCAUCUCCCCAAUCCGAUCAGCAGUACUUCCGGCCCGUGAGAGCCAGUCCUCACUCUCCCCUCCAGCAACGGCCACAUACCGCCGGGAACCAGACUCCAGCCUUUGCCUAUCACCAGCGCAACGCGCCCUCCCGCAUGGGUGGCAUGAGCAUGCUCAGCACUGUGUCGACCCUAAACCCAGAUGCGCCUGGGGAUCGUACUUUGAAGAAGAAACGGAGUGCAUUCGGCUGGCUGAAGAAGGCCUUCUCGCUCGACGAAGAGGAGCGAGCCGCUUUUGAGCAGCGCAAGCGCGAGCAACAACAUAAUCUUUACUACGACGGCCGUAGCCCACAGUUUUUAGACGGCAAGCGGAUUCGAAGAUGA